AUGUCGUCCAUCAAUUACGAUAAUAAUAAUAAUAAUAAUGAAAUACCAUUACAAGAUCCCAAUGCACCACCACGUUUACCAAGAUAUAUACGUCGUCGUGGUGGUGUUUUAGGGCGCAAUAAUAAUGAUGAUUAUGUAGGGCGCAACAAUUAUACAAGGCGCAAUAAUUAUGUAGAGCGCAAUAAUAAUAAUUAUUAUAGAGAAGGCAAUCCAUUUUAUUAUCGGAAUAGAGGCAAUCAAUUUUAUAAUCAAAAUUAUCUACGUUAUCCUCGCAAUUUUUAUAAUCACAAUUUUUAUAAUCGAAAUUAUCGAAAUAGAGGCAACCAAUUUUAUAAUCAAAAUUAUCGACGUUAUCCUCGAAAUAACUUUUAUGAUCGAAAUAAUCGGAUACCACGACAAAAUUUUAAUCCAUAUUAUAGAGGUAGAUAUGGUUUCGUAAAUCCAGGACAAGAACGACAAGAAAGACUAGUUCAACCUGUUAGAUCUCCUAGUCGACGUCGACUUAGUAAUCGUCCAAGAAGACAAGGUCCACGACAAAUACGUUUAAAUGAUUUUAUGCCAACUGAAUUACGUGAACCUUCACCACAACUACCACCUGAUUUUAAUAUAGCUACAACUACGGCACUGGCAAUAACAAAUACAAAUGCUCCACCAGAUGCAUUACCACAGCGUGAAAGAUUUGUUCGAAAUAAUACUACUCAACCUUUCAUAGUGAGUGGAAGUAAUCAAAAUCAGCAGCAACAACAGCAACGUCAACGUAAAACAACGUCUUCAUUUAGACGUCGACAACGUCGUAAUAAUCGAUUUGCUAUGUUAGCUGAUGAAAAUGAUAAUUUAUCUGACGUGGAAGCCGAAGUUAAAGAUGACUCAAAGCCGUUAAAUACAAAUAAGAAAUUAAGAAAAGUAAAAAAUUCUAAAAAGACUUCUCGAUAUCUGGAACCAACUCGUAUAUUAAAAUGGUUAGAAGAUCAUUCGAGAAGUUCAAAAAAUGCUAUAA